AUGUCGGCCUAUCGCUCCUCGACCGGCAACUUGGGCCGCUUUGAAGAGCCGCCUCGCGGUGGUGGUGGUGGUGGUGAACGAUGGGAUCGUGACAGAUUUGAGCGCAUGAGGAGAGGCGGAGGGGGUGGUGGUGGUGGAAGUGGAGGCGGCAGCGUCGUCUCUGGUCAUGGCCGUGGUCGUGACGACUAUGAACACUUCCGCUUCCAAGAGCACGACCGCUUCCCUGGGGGCCAUCGCGAUGUCGAUAUCCAUGAAGACCGCUCCCGCCGAGGUCCUCCAGUGAUGGAACGAGAACGAGAGCGAGAACGAUUUCAUGAGGACGAGCGCUUUGGACAACCCCCCCGUCGUGCCCCUACCGAGCUUUUCCAUGAGCCCAGUUCAUCCGAAAUCGCAAAUCAAGCCCUUGCUCCCUAUCGCCGUAGAUCUGUAAUCGACAAAGAUAUCGAUAUUGACAUCGACAUCAACGAGCGCCGACGCACCCCUCGUCCGCCCAAACCAGCACGGCCACAGUACAUUCGACGACAAUCGUCCCUCGACACCUUUGACCGCCGACCUAUGCCACGAUAUGGCGAUGUUGAGAGGAUUGAGCGAUACGAAACCCACGAGUACCGACCACCGGCCAAUGUCCCCAUCCCACUUCCCAUCCGCGAGCGCCGCCGAUCGCCCCGUCAUCACUUCGACGAGGAAGACGACUUUGAGGAGAUCACAUACGACGACCGUGGUGGUAGACGCCGGGAACGAGAAGACUACCGCGAAGUCGAAGUUCACCGAGAGAAGAGCAGAGUACGAAGGAGCAAGAGCGUAGCAGCAAAGUCAACUCGCAGCUCCUCCAUGUCUAGUUUCGAAGAGAUUCAGCCUUCUCGCGCAACCUGGGGCAAGAAGGGCAAGACGAGACUCCCAAAGCGCCUGGUGAAGAAGCAAGCUGUCAUCGAUCUCGGCUACCCGUUCGAGGAAGAGGACGACUUCAUCAUUGUUACACGAGCGCUCGAGAAGGAACACAUCGACGAGGUCAUUAAGGUUAGCGAGAACUACAAAGAAGAGAAAAUCACAUACGUCUACGAGGAAAAGGUUGAAGAUGCCCCGCCGCGACCACCCUCUGUUCAUUCCGCCGCACCACCACCACCUCAGGAAUACUACCCUCCACCACCUCCUUCAGUAAUGCACGCGCCGCCUCCGCCUCCACCCAUGCAAUACGCUCAACCUCCCCCCACGGUAGUAUACGCCCAACCACCGCCAUCCCACCACGCCCCAACAGUCUACGCACACUCUGAGCGCGCCCCAUCCCCUUCCGUCCACGAGCACGAGCGCUACGUUGAAAUCGACCGCUCAGCCGCCAUCCACGGCCCAGCGACCUCAUUCCUGCCCGAGCACCGUUCCCUUGUCAUCCGCAAGGACGAUCGCCGCUCUGAGCGUGACAUCCGCGAGGAGAUCCGAUCACUGGAGGAAGAGCGCCGCAUGCUCAAGUAUGAGCGCGAAGGCGACCGCGAGUAUGAAUUCAUCGAGCGUGCGCCCAAGAAGGAGAUUAUGCGCGUUGACAGAGACCGAAAGGGUAGGUUAGCCCUUGUUCGCUCGGCCCAUUAG